GUAUUGUCUUCUCCUUGACGGAUAAAUCCAGCUCCUCCAAUAUGAAGAUAGAUACUCUGUCUUUCCUUUAUGUUGUUCUCUGCAACCACUCCCGAGAAGUGUUCCAUCCCUAUGUUAAAGCACUGCUGCCACCAGUUGUAAUUUGCAUCGGGGAUCCUUUUUAUAAGAUAACUUCAGAAGCUUUGCUAGUGACUCUACAGCUUGUGAAAGUAAUUCGUCCCUUGGAUGUGCCUUGUACGUUUGAUGCCAAACCUUAUGUGACAGACUUGUUUUCUGCAACAUUGAAGAGGCUGAAAGCAGCUGACAUUGACCAGGAGGUCAAGGAGCGGGCUAUCUCUUGUAUGGGGCAAAUUGUUUCCAAUCUGGGAGACUACUUAAGCAGCGAACUCCAGCCAACCCUGAAGAUUUUCCUUGAGAGACUGAAAAAUGAAAUAACUAGACUGACCACGGUCAAAGCACUUACUCUGAUUGCAAAUUCUGCACUCAAAAUAGACUUGAGGCCCAUUCUUGCAGAAGGCUUCCCCAUUUUGGCUUCCUUCUUGCGUAAGAAUCAGCGUGCCUUGAAACUGAGUACUUUGACAGCUCUGGACGUCUUGAUCAAAAACUAUAGUGAUAGCCUCAAGCCAGCCAUGAUUGAAUGUGUUCUAAUGGAGCUUCCGGAUUUAAUUAGCGAGAACGAUAUGCACGUUUCUCAGGUGGCCAUUGUGUUCCUUACUACUUUAGCUAAGGUUUAUCCCUCAUCCUUGUCCAAGAUCAGUGGUACAGUUUUGUCGGAGCUUUUCCAACUUGUUUACUCGCCUUUGAUGCAAGGAGGGGCCCUGAAUGCCAUUGUAGACUUCUUCCAAGCACUGGUUGUGAUCAAGGCGGUCAACAUGAGCUAUGCUGACCUGAUGAAGCAGCUAACUAGUCCUAUAUACUCCUCAACCUCUAGUGGAGUCUCCACCACUUUGCAUAAGCAGGCUUUUCACUCUGUUGCCAAAUGUGUGGCGGCACUUUCUUCCGUGUGUCCAAAAGAAAUCCCUGGCCUAGUAAACCUGUUCAUUCAGGAUGUGAAGAAUCCAAAGUCUACCACCGCUGUCAAAAUGUUGGCUUUCCUUUCGCUCGCAGAAAUAGGUCGCACCACCAACCUGAGUGCUCAGAAGGAACUCAAAGCCGUGAUCCUGGAUGCGUUUGCAUCGCCCAGCGAAGAGGUGAAAUCAGCGGCUUCCUACGCUUUGGGCAACAUCAGUGUGGGCAACCUGAAAGAAUACCUUCCCUUCAUGCUGAAGGAGAUUGGUGGCCAGCCUAAGCGGCAGUACUUACUGCUUCAUUCCCUGAAAGAAGUCAUUAGCUCUUCCCCAGCAGAGAGUCUGAAACCUUAUGGGGAAGACAUAUGGGCCCUGCUUUUCAAGCACUGUGAAUACACAGAGGAAGGAACCCGCAACGUUGUUGCUGAAUGCUUGGGGAAAUUGACUUUAGUAAACCCUUCUCAGUUGCUGCCCAGGCUGAAAAAACAGCUGUUCUCAGGCUCCCCCUAUGCUCGGAGUACAGUGGUGACUGCAGUAAAAUUCACCAUCUCGGAUCACCCACAACCCAUUGAUCCCCUUCUUAAAGGAUGCAUAGGUGACUUCUUGAAAACACUUCAGGAUCCUGACUUGAAUGUUCGUCGUGUUGCUUUAGCUAUGUUUAAUUCUGCUGCUCACAACAAACCUUCCCUAAUCCGAGAUCAGCUCAGUACUGUCCUACCCCACCUAUACAAUGAAACCAAAAUUAGAAGGGAACUCAUACGAGAGGUAGAAAUGGGGCCAUUCAAACACACAGUAGAUGAUGGGCUCGAUGUGAGGAAAGCUGCCUUUGAAUGCAUGUACACACUUUUGGAAAGCUGCCUUGAUAGACUGGACAUCUAUGAAUACUUAAAUCAUGUGGAAGAUGGCUUGAAAGAUCAUUAUGAUAUCAGGAUGCUGACUUUCAUUAUGUUGGCUCGCCUGUCAACACUCUGCCCUAAUGCAGUCCUGCAAAGAUUAGAGCGGCUUGUUGAACCACUGCGAGCAACGUGUUCAACUAAGGUAAAGGCUGGUUCUGUAAAGCAGGAAUUUGAGAAGCAAGAUGAAUUGAAACGUUCAGCCAUGAGGGCAGUAGCUGCUCUACUGACCAUCCCAGAUGCAGAUAAAAGCCCUGUAAUGGCUGAAUUUUCUUCCCAAAUCAGAGCCAACCCAGAAAUGUCUUCCCUCUUUGAAAGCAUUCAGAAGGAUCCCACUUCAUUAUCAACAACAGAAUCAAUGGAUCUGAAUUAGAACUGUUGGGACUGUUUUGUCUGCUUCUUACAAUCCACUGUUUCCAGCGCAGAAGCUAGAAAUGAUUUUAAACAGGUGUCAUUUUAAAAAUGACAAUUAUUUCUAUCGAAACCAGUUAAGACUUCAGAUAUGAGAAACAGCAACCUUAUUUUUCAGUUACCAUUUAUUCCUUAGUUCUGAAAUGCACCAUUUAUUCCUUAGUUCUGAAAUGCAAUCAUGCCAAGAGUCAACCUAAUUACACCAUUGACAAGUGUUAUUUACCGCCCUUUCUAUUAUUAUUAUUAAAGUGAAAAACCAUGAUGUAUUCUUAGAAAUGAUGAGACUGUCAUGCUGUAUCCCCAAAUGAAUCAACAAAUAAGAUGUGGCAAGUACAUCAGUUAAAUACUGGUGUUCGCGUUUGCUGAUAUUACAAUUAAGUGAUUUUUCAUGGUGUUACAAGAUUUUAUAGCUAUUGCCCUGCUUCCCUCAUCUGAAAUUAAUAUUAAACUACAGAAGUAUCUCAACUGUCUUCCAAGUUUGAAUGCCUUAUGCUUCAUGAAUGUGGUUUGUCUGCCACUGUGUAAUUUUUCUCUUAUAUAGACCCUCUUGCUAGAAUUCUUUUUUAAAAGGAGCUAAUACCAAAGCAUUGAUUAUUUCAAAGUAUAUAAAAUUAGCAUGUUAUCAAGAAACAUUCAUCUGGUAUAAAAUAUGUAAUAAUGAAUUGGCACCAUUCAUGUAUCAAAAUGGAAAUACAUCUGUAGUGUUCUCAUUUUUUUUCGCUCAGCAAGGAUCAUAUUGCUGUCUUGCAGCUUCUGAUUACAUUUCAUUGGGUGGGGGGGGGAAGAGUCAUAUGCCACUUAAUAUGUGAAUCACUUAAGUGCUCUAUUUAUAAAACAGGGUGUCCACCUUUUGCUGUACAUGCAUCAGAAGAAAAUAAAGUCAAAUAUAUAAAUAAUGGAAUUUGGUUAAUUAUUGGUUUUCUAUCCAACUAACUUUUGUAUGGACGUUUACGAAAAAUAACAAUUUUGAAAUCGCUAGAUGUUCAUUGUUAUGAUACAGACAAAGGAAAAUGUUAACAUACUGGAGCCAAAGAAUCAGAAUGAAGCCUAAUUGUUUCCAACACUGAAACUGAAUCAAGUAUA